AUGGGCAAGAGAAAGUCUUCCACACCCGGAGAAGAGAAUUUGCUGCUCCCCACACCACCUUCAACGCUUCCUAUUGUCGAUACACACACACACGUGGCUUCGACAUUUGACUUCUAUAGAGGCAGGUACAAGGAGGGGAAAUACCAGACCGUGUAUGAGUUUAUCAAGGCGAUGUAUCAGGGGCGAAAUGUGGAGGCUGUAGUGGAUGUGUGGUGCGAAGCUCCAGUAAAUAAGACCUGGAAAGAAUUCGCGGACGCCGCUGCCGAUAAAGAGAAAUGGGGCGGGUUGGAGUAUUGGUUCGUCAUGGGCGUUCAUCCUCAUGACGCAAAAUCCUACACCGAUGAGGUGGAAAAUGACAUUCUAGAAGCCAUGGCGCACCCGCGAUGUGUUGGAUGGGGAGAAAUGGGGCUGGAUUACCACUAUGACAACUCCCCUCGGGAUAUUCAACAGGCUGUAUUUACACGUCAAUUGAAGCAGGCCGUCAGACUCGGGAAACCUCUCACAAUACACACUCGCGAAGCUGACGACGAUACAGAGCGUAUUCUAAAAGCUGAGGUCCCGAAAGAUCACAAAAUUCAUAUACAUUGCUUUACCGACUCACCUGGCUUCGCACAAAGACUAUUAGAUCAUUUUCCUAACCUCUAUAUCGGAAUAACUGGCGUCAUUACUUAUUCCACCAAUGUGGACACGUCGACAGUGGUUCAGAAUAUGGUCGCCCCACCUUCAGAACCUCUUUCCACAUCCCCUACAUCAAUGCGCAUUCUCCUCGAAACCGAUGCACCGUUCAUGGUUCCCUCCAAUCUAUACGACGAUCUUCCUGCGAUCCGUGGAAAGAAGCUACCUGUCUGCCACACAGCAAUGAUACCAUGGACGGCCAAGUUUGUAGCCGACAUUACAAACAAAGCAAGGCUUCCUCCAGCGCCACCUAUUGCAGCACCUGCGGACGAAGAUACUGCAGGAAUCCCACAAUCUGUUGAUAUUACGCAGCCUGAUUCAUGGGACGCUGAUAUUGUUAUGAGAGUCGCUAGGGAUAAUGCUCGAAACGUCUACGGGGUAUAA